AUCAGGCUGUGUAGUUUGUGUUAGGUUCGUCCAUGGUUGUCAAAAUUCCAGGUUUUAAUAUUGAUUUUUCGUUUGGAGACACAACUCUCGUAAAUAUUUCGUUCGGGGCAUAGACGACGAUUUGAAGUCAAAAAUGAAAAGUGUCCUUCUUCAGGAGUCGCAAUGCUAGUUAAAAUUCUACGUAAAUAUGCCACACUAAGCCACCUGGUCGGCAACCACCAUUACCACCACCACCACCAUGGUCCUCCGACGUUCUCCGGCGAUCCUGCAAUCCGGCGCCACCGGUCACUCCACGACUGGGAUCGCCAGAGCGCCGCUCACGAGCAGCGGAGGAAGAUAAUUCCGAAGCUGGUGUAUCUGCACAAUCCGUGGAAGUAUCUGGUGACCAAGUUUAAUUUGUGGAAGCUCAAAUUGCUGUGGGACCGGGAAUUCAGCGAGCCGGACUUUGUCGAGGGGGCCAAGCAAGCGGCCAUUGUGAUGACGGACAUAAUCCGGCAGCAGAGUGCCGAGAAGAUCAGCGAGUUCACCACCCCCGUGGGCUUCCAGCAGAUCACCCGGGACAUGCUGCUCUCGCGGAACGACACCCGGCUCAAGCUGGUCCGGUUCCAGCCGGAGCACCUGCGCCGCGCCAUCCCCAUGAAGGUGGCCACGCGCCAGAACUUUGGCCGGAAGUACGCCUUCAUCGACAUGCUGUUUGUGGGUCUGCGGAACACUAAGGACUUUGACACUGCCACCGAGGUCGUGGAGGUCAACGAUAUAAUUCGCCGGAUGGACAACGAGCUGAAGACGCCAGCGGACGUAGUGGCCGUGCCGCACCGGAUAGUGUUCGCAGAGAUCUUCAUCCGCUUCCGGCGGGACUACACGGCCGACGCGCGGCGGUCCGCCAGGAAUCACCCGGGCCAGCCCUUCCCCUUCAACAGCCCGCCCUCGCGCGCCGGACCCCCGCUGGCCAACGCCCAUAACAUAUCCCCUCCCCAGCCCAGCCAGCAGUUCAUCGAACAGAUAAAAUCUGCGAAGAACCCAGGCAUGGCGGCCCUGCCCUUCACGGGACGCAUUAUGCCCCGCAUGGAUGACGCGGGCUGGACGGUGUCGUUCUACAAGAUCCUGACAUUCGAUGUCCUCAACUACGAUCCUCAGCCGAAGCGGCACCACCACCACCAGCCCCACGAGAAGCGUUAGUGUAAUGUCUCAGAUAGGCUAGGUGCGAAGUAGUUUCAUUAUUUAACUGUCCCUCUUUCUAAAUUUUCCCCAAAAAUUUCGGACGACCUGCCAGUAGUGGUAUCAAAGAGAGAAUACUGCCAUUAAAUCUGAAAGUAUAGGCUUCAAAGCUAGUUUUUGAAUAGAAAA